AUGCGAGAGCUGUUGAGUGCUAAAAUCGGCCGUCACAAGCUCAGGGCAAGGGGCUUCACAAGGUCAGCCGAUUCUUUUCAGACCAUCGUCUUCUGUCUCCCAUCACCACACUCGUUUCCCCACGGCCUCCCGCAACGCACAGUCGUCACCAUGUCGAUCCGCAUGCCCCUCGGACGCCUGACCGGCCGUCUGGCGCAGCAGCCCCGACCGGCCGCCGGCGGUAUUUCAACAGCGUCGCGCCCUGCCGUCCUCCCUCGAAUCCUUCGACGACAGCAGCAGCGCUCAUACUCGUCCGAGCCCCCCCGCGCGAAUAACCCGAACAAGGUCAAGUUCUGGCCGUUCUUUGCCAUCAUUGGUCUUGGCUCGGCUGGCUACGUCGCCCUGGCGAACCGUCGCAAGGGCACCGCUCCCGUCCCCGGUGGCUCGCAGCCCAACACCCCCAGCGCCGCCCAAAUCGCCGGCCCCGUCUUCUCGCCCAAGGAUGUCACCGUCGUCUUCGUUCUCGGCGGCCCUGGCGCCGGCAAGGGCACCCAGUGCGCCAAGCUCGUCGAGCAGCACGGCUUCACGCAUCUCUCCGCCGGCGACCUCCUCCGCGCCGAGCAGGACCGUCCCGGCUCGCAGUUUGGCGACCUUAUCCGCGACUACAUCAAGAACGGCCUGAUUGUGCCCAUGGAGGUGACGGUCAAGCUGCUCGAGAACGCCAUGACGGACGCGCUCGCGAAAAAGGGCACCAGGGAGGGCCGCUUCCUCAUCGACGGCUUCCCGCGCAAGCUCGACCAGGCCUACAAGUUCGAGGACACGGUCUGCCCCGCCAAGCUCGUCCUCUUCUUUGACUGCCCGGAAAAGGUCAUGGAGGAGCGCCUGCUCGAGCGCGGCAAGACCAGCGGCCGCGCCGACGACAACGCCGAGAGCAUCCGCAAGCGCUUCCGCACCUUUAUCGAGACGAGCAUGCCCGUCGUCGACUACUACGAGAAGCAGGGCAAGGUCGUCAAGGUCGAGGCCGUCACCACCGCCGACAAGGUCUUUGCCGAGACCCAGAAGCGCCUCCGCGAGAGGCUCGGUGCCGACUUUUAG